GCAGUUUUCACAAAAAAAAAAAAAAACGAGGGUUGUUGUCAAGCUCUUCCCAAGCUCUUCUUCCUCGUGCAACUUCCGAGAAUUCGAUCAUAAAAACAACUUCAAUAUCGGAUUAGGGUUUCUAAAUUCUCCGAAAUUCUGAGGACAUGUCAGGGAAACGGGUGAUAGCAAUAUGUAUGUCCGGAGGGCAGUUUCUAACAGAGAAAGGCGGAGCGCUAACUUACAGAGGCGGCGAUGCACACGCAAUAGACAUUGACGAAGAUACGAUGUUCAAAGACUUUAUCUCAGAGAUUGGUGAGAUGUUUAACUUCGACGCCACCAGCACAGUUUGUCUCAAAUACUUUCUCCCUGAUAACAAGAAGACUCUCAUCUCCAUCUCUAACGAUAAAGACUUGAAACGGAUGAUCAAGUUCCACGAGAACUCUAACUCUGCUGAUGUCUAUCUCAUACCCGAAGAAGCUCCCGAGGCUAGCAGAUCUAGCAGAACGACACUGUCCGAAGCGAUUCCACCAGCUCCUCUAGACGACAUGAUAGAUGACACAACAGGACCAGAAGAUCAUCUUCCCCUCUCAGUCUCAGAUCCUACUGUUGUAACAAUAGAGCAAGUCAUGAGCCAAGCUGCAGAAGAUUCACAGAUCGUUACAACUCCAUCGAUGAUUCUCGACGUCAACAAUCCCUCAGGAGACAUUCUCGCAAAGGCGAGAACGCAGCAGUGGCAGAACACAAUCACAGGCCUCGGACAGAGGUUCAAAAACGUAGGCGAGUUCCGCGAAUCGCUGCGCAAGUACGCCAUUGCUAACCAGUUCGGUUUCCGUUACAAGAAGAACGAUAGCCACCGAGUGACGGUCAGAUGCAAAGCGGAGGGCUGUCCCUGGAGGAUCCACGCCUCGAGGCUAUCGACCACUCAGCUGAUAUGCAUCAAGAAGAUGACCCCUUCGCAUACCUGCGAAGGCGCGGGUGGCUUCAACGGUCUCCAGACGAGUAGGAGCUGGGUGGCCAGUAUUAUCAAGGAGAAGCUGAGAGUGUUUCCUAACUAUAAACCGAAAGAUAUCGUCAGCGAUAUUAAAGAAGAGUAUGGGAUUCAGCUGAACUACUUUCAAGCUUGGCGCGGGAAAGAGAUUGCGAGAGAGCAGCUCCAAGGAUCGUACAAGGACGGUUACAAGCAGCUUCCGGUUUACUGCGAGAAGAUAAUCGAAACAAAUCCAGGCAGCAUUGUUACAUUCGCAACCAAGAAGGAUUCGAGCUUCCACCGUGUUUUCGUGUCGUUCCACGCCUCGGUUUACGGUUUUGUUGAAGGUUGUAGACCGUUGGUGUUUCUUGAUAGUAUCCCCUUGAAGGCAAAGUAUCAGGGGACUUUGUUGGCUGCGACUUCUGUUGACGGAGACGACGAAGUGUUUCCGUUAGCGUUUGCGGUUGUUGACGCCGAGAGUGAGGAUAACUGGGAGUGGUUUUUGCUCCAGCUGAGAACUGCUAUCUCCACCUUCGCGGCUUGUCCGAUCACUUUCGUGGCGGACAGGCUCAAGAACCUCCAGGAACUGAUCCCGAAAGUGUUUGUUAACUCGUUUCAUGCUUACUGCUUACGGUAUUUAACCGACGAGCUCAUCAGAGACUUGAAAGGACCGUUCUCUCACGAGAUCAAGAGGCUAAUCGUCGAUGAGUUUUACUCGGCGGCUUAUGCGCCGAGACAGGACUCGUUUGAGGGAUAUGUGGGGAACAUCAGAGGCCUUUCGCAGGACGCUUACGACUGGAUUAUGCACAAUAGCAAGCCUGAUCACUGGGCUAAUGUUUACUUUCCUGGUGCUAGGUACAACCACAUGACAUCAAACUCAGGUGAACCGUUCUUCACCUGGGCUUCAGAGGCCAACGAACUACCUAUAACUCAAAUGGUUGAUCUGAUCCUGGGAAAGAUAAUGGGAAUGAUUCACGUGAGAAGGAUUAAUGGAGAUGAGGAUAAUGGAAGAAGAUUGACUCCUUCCAUGGAGAUAAAGCUAGAGAAAGAGUGUUUAAAAGCGCAAGGCGUUAAUGUAACGUCCUCAUCCACGGAUAACAAUUUGUUUCAAGUCCAGGGAGAGACGUAUGAGGUGGUGAACAUGGCGCAGUGUGACUGUAGCUGCAAAGGUUGGCAGUUAACGGGGUUACCGUGUCACCACGCGGUUGCUGUUAUAAGCUGUAGUGGACGUAGUCCUUAUGACUUUUGUUCUAGAUAUUACAGUGUUGAUAACUAUAGGUUGACUUAUGCUAUGUCGAUAAGUCCGGUUCCUUUGUUGGAUGGAGAGAUGUGUAGAGAGAGCUCAGGGGGUUCUGGGAUGACGGUGACACCGCCACCUACACGGCGGCCUCCGGGGAGGCCACCGAAGAAGAAGACACCGGCUGAAGAGGUGAUGAAGCGGCAGCUGCAGUGUAGUAAGUGCAAGGGGCUUGGUCACAACAAAUCAACUUGUAAAGUAUAUCCUCCUCUUGAAUGCUAGUAAGAAAAGAAAAAAAAAAUUUUAAAUCAUUCUUUA